AGCAGCAGGCGGCGAGGACGGAGGAGGAGCUGGGCCUGGGAGCGAAAGUGCUGGGCUGCAGCAGGCCGCUGCCAGAGCGGGACCCCGGGGGCCUGGGCCAGCGGGAGGCGGUCUCCAGCGGCAACCGAGCAGCUCAAACAAUUCCCCCGUUGAGAGCAAAAAUGCAGAGCACUUCAAAUUACCUCUGGCUUCUGUCAGACAUCCUGGGACAAGGGGCUACCGCAAAUGUUUUCCGUGGACGACACAAGAAAACUGGAGACUUGUAUGCUGUCAAAGUCUUUAACAACUUCAGCUUCCUUCGUCCUGUGGAUGUUCAGAUGAGAGAGUUUGAAGUAUUAAAGAAACUGAAUCACAAGAACAUUGUCAAAUUAUUUGCCAUUGAAGAGGAGACAACUUCUAGACAUAAAGUCCUUGUUAUGGAAUUUUGUCCAUGUGGCAGUUUGUAUACAGUUCUGGAAGAACCAUCAAAUGCCUUUGGAUUGCCGGAAGCAGAAUUCUUAAUUGUGCUGAAAGAUGUUGUGGCUGGGAUGAAUCAUCUUCGAGAGAAUGGAAUAGUCCAUCGUGACAUCAAACCAGGAAAUAUAAUGCGUGUUAUCGGUGAAGACGGCCAAUCUGUAUAUAAACUGACUGAUUUUGGGGCUGCAAGGGAACUGGAAGAUGAUGAACAAUUUGUCUCUCUCUAUGGCACAGAAGAGUAUUUGCACCCUGAUAUGUAUGAGCGAGCAGUAUUGAGGAAAGAGCAUCAAAAGAAAUAUGGGGCAACAGUGGAUUUGUGGAGCAUCGGGGUGACAUUUUACCAUGCUGCAACUGGAAGUUUACCCUUCCGACCUUUUGAAGGGCCUCGCAGAAACAAGGAAGUGAUGUAUAAAAUUAUAACUGGUAAGCUUUCUGGUGCAAUAUCUGGAGUUCAAAAAGCAGAAAAUGGCCCAAUUGAGUGGAGUCGGGACAUGCCCAUUUCCUGCAGUCUUUCCAAGGGCCUGCAAGUACUGCUAACUCCUGUUCUUGCCAAUAUUCUUGAAGCUGAUCAAGAGAAAUGCUGGGGAUUUGAUCAGUUUUUUGCGGAGACAAGCAGCAUACUCCAUCGAAUCAUUAUUCAUGUUUUCUCUCUGCAGCAAAUGACUGCACACAAAAUUUACAUUCCCAAUCAUUAUACUGCUACCGCAUUUCAUGACUUGGUUUACAAACAGACAAAAAUAGCUUCACACAAUCAAGAACUGAUCUAUGAAGGAAGGCAUUUAGUGCUAGAGCCUAGUCGAUUGGUACAAGCUUUCCCCAAAACUACUGAAGAAAAUCCCAUCAUUGUCAUUAGCAGGGAGCCUGUCGGCAUCGUUGGUCUAGUCUAUGAAGAAAUUUUACUUCCAAAGGUCCAUCAACGUUAUGACUUGGACAGUGACGCCAGUAUGGCAAAAGCGGUGACUGGUGUUGUAUGUUACGCCUGCAGAGUGUCCCGUGCUUUACUGCUUUACCAAGAACUCAUGCGAAAGGGAAUUCGAUGGCUUAUUGAAAUAACCAAGGAAGAGUACAAUGAAACAAUGCACAAAAAGACAGAGGUAGUUCUGAAGCUGGACUUUUGCAACAGAAAUAUAGAGAAAGCUGGAAAAAUAUACCAGAAUUUGCUGCAGAUCAAUUUGGCACCUUCAGAAGUGGAGAAAAUUUCAGACAUACACUCAAAACUGUUACGGCUUUCUAGUUCACGGGGAACUUUGGAAGCUAAUCUUCAGGAUAUUAAAAGCAAACUCUCUCCCGGUGGCCUGCUAGAUGAUGAUUGGGCUAGCCAGGAAGGCACACAUCCAAAAGACAGAAACCCGGAAAGGUUACAAGUACUACUGAAUUCUAUAACAGAUAUUUACUACCAAUUCAAAAAAGACAAAGCAGAACGCAGGCUACCUUAUAAUGAGGAACAAAUACACAAAUUUGACAAACAGAAGCUCUUUAUCCAUGCCACAAAAGCCAUGACUCUCUUCAAGGAAGAAUGUGUCAGCAAGUAUGAAAUCUUUUUGGACAAGGCAGAGGAAUGGAUGAGGAAGAUGCUCCUUUUAAGGAAACACUUGCUGUCUCUCCGGGCCCUGUGCGUUGAUAUUGAAAAAGAGGUGUCCAAAUACCAGGGCUACGUGAACGAGUUACAAGAAACUUUGCCACCUAAAAUGUUUGCAGCUUCCAGUGGGAUAAAACAUGCAAUUAACCCAGUCUAUCCAAGUUCAAACACCUUGGUAGAAAUGACCCUUGGUAUGAAGAAACUGAAAGAAGAAAUGGAGGGUGUUGUUAAAGAACUGACUGAGAAUAAUCACCUUUUAGAAAGGUUUGGUGCUCUGACUAUGGAUGGUGGCCCACGGAAUGUAGACUGUAUCUAGUGACCAUGAUGCAGCUUGUUGACUUUGCACAGAAAAAGAGCAUUUAUAUGUAGAAGUAUUUCUGCAGGACUUCUCCCCAGUAUUUAACAAAAGCAUGUAAAUAUGUAUAUAUUGUAAUUAUAGAAAAGUAUAUCUCUUUUUGGUAAUGUUAAAAUUGUCUUAAUGUUUCCAAUAAUAUCAGAAUUUUCCCUAUAAAACAAUUAUGGCUGUAUAUUGUGGUGAGCACACUGAGACAAUGCAUUGACUUCAAAUGCUGUCCUUAUUUUUCUGUGAACGAUGCUGAAAGAAUUGUGGCAUUGAACUAGCAUGCUGUUUUAAAAAGUGAUGAGGCUUCCUCUUAAGCCGACUAAAUACCAGGCAUCUCCAUUACUAUAAGCUGGAAUUGCUCUCUGUUUCUUUCCUUCAUUCUGAAUAGAUGUGUCACCAAAUGCCAAAAGAGAUACAAUUCUCCAUCACACUCUCCAAGUCAGGGCUGCACAGCGAAGCCCUCUGGGUAUUGUGGGACUACAGCUCCCAUCAUCCCUAGACACAAUGGCCAGCAGGUCCAGAUGAUAGUAGUUGUAGUCUCACAACAGCUGGAGGGCCAACGUUGUGCAGCCCAGCGCCAAGCCCUUAAAGGAUAUACUAAUUGAGCAUGAAAGAACAUAUGUUACUUUUUAAUCAUGUCCAUUUUUGGUAUAUAUCUCAAAAUGAUAAUUUGCCUAAUUUGGGACUAGAAAUUCAGUCUACGGUUUUGCACAUUUCCUAUGAUUUAGUAAACUGGAAACCAUCCUUUUUAACCAGUUUCUUUGGUAGUACAUAGUGUCUCAAUCGAUCUUGUUUAUCCUUGAGUAAAAUCUUGGUUUUUAAAAUAUUGUUUUAAAAUAAACAUUUGUUAGCUUUUCACUGAUGAAUCAAGAUUAUUGGUGCAGACAUUGGUUUCCAUCCUGCAUAAACUCUAAUGAAGUUGUGGGAAUACGGUUUCAUUUUAUUGUUUUAAAAUAUUUGACCAUGUUAAUAAAACCAAUACAAAUAAUUGCACAGUCGUGUUUAGCAACUGCUUAGGCAUACAGCUUUGUUCUUUAUUUCCAUUGCUUUUCACAUACAUACAAAAUAAAAGUCAUUUUUUAUUUCA